AUGGGUAGCGAAUCGACAAUAUUUAUAAUGAUUUCAGCCGUGUUAUGUCAGGCAAGUGCAGUGCUGAGCCCAGUCGUCAUUGAAGAACAGUAUUUAUUUCAACCGGGCAAUCCUGGAGAGGUUGACGCCUACCGAAUUCCAAUUUCAAUUAUGUGUCCCGACCGAUCAAUUUUAGCAUUUGCAGAGGGGCGGAAAUACGGGAGGGGAGAUUAUGGUUCAAAAUUUUUGGCCAUGCGACGAUCGAAAGACAGUGGCGACACUUGGACGACAACAGAAUUCGUCCUGGAUGAUAACCCCUCUGUGGACGGAUUGAACCUUGGAAACGUUAUUAUCGAUUAUUAUAACAACAGUGUUAUAAUAGUAUAUGUACAUGCGCACACGCAUUCAGAGUUAUACAUGGUGAAGAGCCUAGACUGGGGUGUAUCGUGGGGCAAAGCCAUAGCACUGUCUGAUCGUAAUCCAAAGCUGAAGGGAUAUGAAUGGACUGCUGGUCCUGGGUACGGUAUACAAUUAAAAUAUGGUCCACACAAAGGUAGACUUUUAUCUUGUGGUCAUGGCAUGUCACUGGAAUUGAGAGAAGCUAGCUGUCUGUACUCUGACGACUAUGGUGAUACAUGGCAUCUUGGUGGCAGAGUGCUUGGAAUACCAUUCAAUCACACCAAAAAUACUGGUGACUUUGCACCAGGUGAAUCACAGAUUGUGGAAAUGUAUGACGGGACUCUGAUCAUGAUGUCUCGAAAUACAGAAGCAUUUCACUGCAAAUGCCGAAUAUUCUCAAAAAGCUAUGAUGCUGGUGAAUCAUUUCCAGUUAGUGAUAUUUGGAUGGUGGACGACCUGCCUGAUCCGAAUGUUUGUGGUAGCAUUUUACACCACAAUGGCAUCCUGUAUUUUUCAGGGCUUGAUAGUCGAACAUCACGAACCAAUAUGACUCUUUAUUGGAGUUUAGAUAAUGGAAUAACAUGGCCAGGUUACCUGCCUAUUUACUUACAUAACAGUGCCUAUUCAUGUUUAACAGCAAUAGACAAUAAUAACAUUGGACUUGUAUAUGAGAAAGGUAACAAUGGACAUAUAGCAUUUUCAAAGAUACGACUACAUGCAUAA